CGGCAGUGGCGUACUGCACUCGCUACCACUCCAAAAUGCCAAGACUUGCAUCGUUUUUGGUCGUCUUGCUCCCGCUGCUUCUUUCCGCGGUUCGCGCCGCGGCGCAUUCCAAUGGGGGCUUUGGCUUCAAGGCCACGCUGAGACACGUUGAUGCCAAUGGGGGCUACACGGAGGCGCAGCUGCUCGCCCGCGCCGUACAACGCAGCCGAGCCCGCGUGGCGGCGCUGCAGUCUCUGGCGACGUCGUUGCCCGCGAACGUGAUCACCACGGCGCGCAUCCUGGUGCGCGCCAGCGAGGGCGAGUACCUGAUGGACAUGGGGAUCGGCACGCCGCCGCGGUACUACUCGGCAAUCCUCGACACCGGCAGCGACCUCAUCUGGACGCAGUGCGCGCCGUGCCUGCUCUGUGUGGACCAGCCCACGCCCUACUUCGACCCGACGCAGUCGCCCACGUACGUGAGGCUGACCUGCUCGUCCCCGAUGUGCAACGCCCUGUACUACCCGCUCUGUUUUCAGAAGGUGUGCGUCUACCAGUACUUCUACGGCGACAGUGCCAGCACCGCCGGCGUCCUCGCCAACGAGACGUUCACCUUCGGCACCAACACGACGCGGGUCACCGUGCCGAGCAUCUCGUUCGGGUGCGGGAGCAUCAACUCCGGCGCGCUCGCCAACAGCUCCGGCAUGGUUGGCUUCGGCCGCGGGUCGCUGUCGCUAGUGAGCCAGCUCGGCUCCCCCAGGUUCUCCUACUGUCUUACCUCUUUCCUGUCGCCGACGCCCAGCCGGUUCUACUUCGGCGUGUACGCCACGCUGAACAGCUCCAACACGAGCACCUCCGGCCCGGUGCAGUCCACGCCGUUCGUCGUCAACCCGGCACUGCCGACCAUGUACUUCCUGAACAUGACUGGGAUCAGCGUCGGCGGCGACCUGCUGGGCAUCGACCCGUCGGUGUUCGCCAUCAACGACGCGGACGGCACGGGCGGAGUCAUCAUCGACUCCGGCACGACGAUCACGUACCUCGCUCAGCCGGCGUACGACACCGUCCGCGCGGCCUUCGUGUCGCAGAUCAAGCUGCCCUUGCUGAACGUCACGGAUGCCUCGGUGCUGGACACGUGCUUCAACUGGCCACCGCCGCCCCGCCAGUCGGUGACGCUACCGGAGGUCGUGUUCCACUUCGACGGGGCAGAUAUGGUGCUCCCGCUCCCGAACUACAUGUACUCGGACACCAGCACGGGGGCCCUAUGCCUGGCCAUGGCGCCUUCGGUGGACGGCUCCAUCAUCGGCAACUUCCAGCACCAGAACUUCCACGUGCUCUACGACCUCGAGAACAGCCUCCUGUCAUUCGUCCCUGCGCCGUGCAAUCUAACCUAGCGAUAACUUUGACAUGCAUAUGUACGUUCACUUCGAUUUGGUUUCUGUUUACGCAUAGCUAUUGUGCCUUAGGUUUGGUGCUUGGCAGGGCUUCUGACUGUACGCCGGUGAUAUCUGUAUCAGUGAAGUUUUAAUUGGUUUUCGUAUUGUUGUCAUCUCAACACAACAGAGGAUUA